UCGGUCCCAUGAUGGGCCUUCAGCUUGGUGAACUAUCUGUUGUCGUCAUUUCCUCAGCUGAUGCUGCUAAGCAGAUAAUGAAAACUCACGACAUCAACUUCGCGUCGCGGCCUCCCAUCAUAGCAGCGGAGAUAAUCAGUUAUGGGUGCACCAGCAUCACCUUCAGCCCUCACUCUGAUUACUGGAGGCAGCUCCGCAAACUCUGCACCUUGGAUUUUCUCAGCAACAAACGUGUUCAGUCGUUCCGAUUGCUGCAAGAGAAAGUGUUCGCUGAUCUCAACCGGUGGAUUGCGUCCAUGGUGGGGUCCUCCAUCAAUCUGACGGCGGAGCUCUACAACUCCACUUACGCUCUUAUUUCACGAGCCACACUUGGCGACCACACUACGGAACAUGAGGUUUUGCUACCGAUUCUCAAAGAAGUGAUUGAAAUAUCUGCGGGAUUUGAUAUAGCUGAAUUGUUUCCUUCCGUCAAAGUGCUUCAAGGGGUGAGUGGAUUGAGGAGGAGAAUUAUGGUUUUACACAAAGAAGCGGAUAAGAUACUUGAAGAUGUAGUCCGUCAGCAUAGAGGUGUGAAGGUGGAGGAGCAUGAAGAUUUGUUGGAUGUUCUUCUCAGAGUUGAGGAAGAAGGACUUGAACUUCCUCUUACAACGGACAAUAUCAAGUCUGUUCUCGUGGAUAUGUUAGGUGCUGGGAGCGAGACAUCAGCGACAACCAUGGAUUGGGUGAUGGCUGAAAUGCUGAAAAAUCCAAGAGUCCUUGAAAAGGCACAACAUGAGGUGAGGAAGGUAUUUGAUUAAGAGGGAUUCGUUGGCGAAUCGCUCAUUCCACAACUCAAGUAUUUGAAGGCAGUAGUGAAGGAGACACUGAGGAUGCAUCCGCCGCUGCCUCUUUUACUCCCAAGAAAAUGCGGCGAAACAUGCGAGGUGAAUGGAUAUGAGAUAAGGGCAGAGACCAAAAUCAUAGUGAAUGCAUGAUCUGUGAACAGAGACCCCAAAUGUUGGGAAGAUGCACACAGCUUUAAACCAGAGAGAUUUAUGGAUAAUAUGGUGGAUUACAGGGGAAAUCAUUUUGAAUAUAUCACAUUU